GUGUACUUUAAAAGGAAAUGAACCUAAGGGUUCAUUAGUGAGUAGUGAUGUAGGUGAAAGCGAAAUACAUCAAGAGGAUAAUAUGAAAGAUGAUGCCAAUAUAAUAUUAUGUAUAAUAUACAAAGUCGGUAAGCUUGGUGCAGCAUAUUACAAUUUUAAGGACAAACAAUUGUAUGUGUAUGAAGAGCUUCUUGAACAAGGUCCUCAAUAUUUGACUAUAGACGGAUUAAUGCGCGAAAUAAAACCAAAAUUUAUAGUAACGGUUGGAGGUAGAUCCGAGGAAUUCGUUAAAGCUAUCAUAGAUAUAAUAAAUUACGGAUGUAGUUUCCAGAAUACUACUACAUCUGAUAGCGUUAAGUCAAUACCGGAAAAUCUGUUUUUAGUUUCAUUACAAGAAUACACUUACGAAAUUUGUAAAGCCAUAAUUUCUCAACUCAAUCUAGCCGCUAUUAAAGACGAAUUAGCCGAAACGAAGAGAGAAUUGUAUAUAAAUUCUUUAAUAAAUUUCGAUAAUAAAUUACCAUUGCAAGCUAUUGGUACUUUGGUAAAGUUUUUGGAGAAAAAUUGGUCAUUUUUUGGAAUUCUAGAUAAAAACGACUUGAUCUAUAUUCACAUAAAUCAAGUUUGCAGGAAAGACAGAGUAUUAAUAGAUAAUUCAACAUUUAAAGCUUUGCAAAUAUUUUCGAAACGUGGACAUGAAGCUGGAUUUAAAAGAGGUCUAAAUUCUAGUGAUAGGGAAGGAUUGAGCGUUUUCAAAUUAUUUUCUCUAAACUGCAAAUCGAAAAUUGGAUUAAUGACUCUGAAGAACAUACUUUUGAAUCCUAUAAAUAAUAUCGAUAUCCUUAAUCAGAGAUUAGAUUUUAUUUAUUUUGUGCUACAACCCAGCAAUAGAGAAUUCAUUGAAAGCUUAAGAGAACAUUUACAAGGAAUUGUUGGCGACACUAACGUUAUUUUAACAAGAAUUGAAAAUUCUCAAGCAAAAGUUCGAGAUUGGAAAGUUCUAUAUGAAACUAUUUACCAUACUAAUUGUAUAAGAGAACUCAGUUCUCCGUACAGGGAAAAAUGUUCACUAUUUUUGGAAUUAGAUGAAAUCAUAUCACCGAACUUGAUGAGUUUGGAAGAAUCAAUAAGAAACGGUAUAGAUUUUAAAGCUAGCAAACAACGCGGGAAACCUUUGAUUAGAUAUGGAUUGGACGAGACACUAGACGCAAAAAUGUUGAGACGACAAGAUAUCAUUAACGACGUAAUGGCAGCUGCACGCUUUGCAGCAGAAAAUUUACCAGAUUUUUUGGACGAAUGUUCGGUGGUUUAUUUACCGGAAAUGGGACAUUUACUCGCUGUUAAAGAGUGGGAAAAAGAUUGUAAUCCCGAAGAUUUGCAAUAUUUAGAUUUCCGUUUUAUGUUUAAAAUAGGUGGGAAAAUCCUUUACAAGAAUCCUAUGUGUGUAGAAUUGGAUAAUCGCCUCGGUGAUAUUGUUUCUGAAAUUAUCGAUCAUGAAAACCGUAUAAUUCGAAGAUUAUCUGGUUUUAUUUUGAAAUAUAAUAGAGAUAUAACUGAACCAUUAAAAAAAAUUGGAAUGAUUGAUAGUUUGAUUGCUAUGGCAUUAACAGCGUCGAGCAAAAUGUAUACAAGACCAUUUUUGAAUAAACAAAAUUAUUAUGUAUUAGAAGAAUGUAGACAUCCUCUAAUGGAACACCUCAUCGAGCAAUUUCAAUCCAACCAUUUCUUUUCCGGUGGUCAAUUUAGCAGAAUGAAAAUAAUUACAGGUCCCAACGGAAGCGGAAAGAGCGUUUAUUUGAAGCAGGUUUCGUUAACAAUAUAUUUAGCUCAUGUGGGAUCAUAUGUACCUUGUACAAAAGCAGAUAUAAGUAUGUUGGAUUCAAUGCAUUCUAGAUUGUGCUCCACCGAAUCUGCAACUGUCAGAUUAUCAUCUUUUAUGAUAAAUGCAUCACAGAUGGCUCACGCUCUGACCGCUUCUUCUUCGUCUUCACUUAUACUAAUGGAUGAAUUUGGAAAAGGAGUUUCAAAUAGUUUUGCUAUAGAAGUUGCAGAGGCAAUUGGGAUAGAUGCACAAAUUAUCAAAAGAGCAAAAGAAUAUUAUCGUUGUUUGACUAAUAACGAACCAUUUACACCAUUAAAUAAGCUUCUUAAAAGGAACAACUUUGAUCCGACCAAUUUAGAUGUUCUAAACAUACCGAGUUUAGAUGAAGAAAGUCUUUAUUAAAAAACAUUCAAUUAUUUAAUAAAGAUCAUUUUUUUAGUUAAGAUUUUGAUUAAUAUAAACAUGAUACUUUGAUUUAACAAAUUACAGCAAUAAUUGUAUUAUUUUUGAAAUCAUUAAAUAAAUAUACAUUUUUUUACAAUACUAAAUUUUAUAUUUUGAUUUUAUGUAAAAUUUUUAUUUAGUUGAAAUUUUG